AUGGAAAAUAUGGAAAAUAUGGAAAAUAUGGAAAAUAUGGAAAAUAUGGAAAAUAUGGAAAAUAUGGAAAAUAUGGAAAAUAUGGAAAAUAUGGAAAAUAUGGAAAAUAUGGAAAAUAUGGAAAAUAUGGAAAAUAUGGAAAAUAUGGAAAAUAUGGAAAAUAUUGAAGAAUAUACCAACCAAGAUAUUCUUAAUUUAUUUUACAUUCAUGGAGAAUACUGUGGUUAUAAGCUUGUUGUCCAGAGCUACGAUGGUGAUGCCGUAAUGGCUGGCCAUUUAGGAGGCCUUCAAGCUAAAGUGAAAGAGAUGUUUAAACAUGCAAUUUUUGUUCACUGUAUAGCACAUAGACUUAAUUUGGUUUUAUCGCGAAGCAUGGAUAAUAUUAAAGAGUGCAAAGUUUUCUUUUCGGCGCUUAGUGGUUUGGCUUCUUUCUUUUCAAAGUCAUCGCAAAGAACUCGCGCUUUGGACAUUGACGUUCAAAAAAGGUUUCCAAAAGUUGACCCGACGCGAUGGAACUACAAUGGACGUUUAGUGCAAACAGUGUUUCAAUACCGUGAUUCUUUGAUACACUUUUUUCAAGACGUUUGGGAUAAUAAAGAAACAUGGGAUGCUCAAACUGUUACUGGCGCUAAAGGGUAUUUGCAUUGUCUCAAACAAAACUUUGACUUCAAUUUUUUGCUCGACAUUUUUGCAGAGAUUUUCACUUUUACUGACAUUUUAUUCGACAUUUUACAGACAAAGUCAAGUGACAUUGGCUUUUGCAUUAAACAAAUUGAUGAUUUUAAAAAUAAAAUGAAUAAAAAACGAGAUCAGUUUGAACACUUUUGGAAUAAGACUCAAAACAUUGACUUAGAACCUGAAAGAAAGAGAAUUAGAAUUGAUAAUGUCGGCGACAGAGAGACCUCCUAUCCAUUAAAGUCCCAGUUAAGUGUUGUUUAUGAAACAAUUGAAAUUAAUGAUAAAAAGACGCCCAUCAAUGUGUUGAAUUCUCUUAUAACAACUGGUUUAAAUAAGUCCCUUUGUGAAGUCGUCAAGUUUUGUGAAUUAGUACUAACCAUCCCAGCCACAAGUGGGUCAGUUGAGCGAAGUUUUUCAGCUUUAAAGCUCAUUAAAAGUUUUAUACGAAAUUCAACAAAUGAAGACAGACUCUCUAAUUUAGCCCUUAUAUCCAUUGAAAAACAGCUUGUUAAACAGUUAUCAGAAAAUCCAAAAUUUUACGAUGAUGUUAUAGACAAAUUUGCAGCCCUUGAGAACAGGCGGAUAGAUCUCAAUUUUAUAUUUUGCCAAGCGCCGGAGGUACAAAACACAGCCAAAGGCUUACGCUGCGGUUCAGAAUUUAUCCCUGAUAAAAAUGAAUAUGAUUCUGAAGACGAUGAUGCGGCUAUUCAACAAAACGAUUUAUUAACAAAAUCAGCCCUCCAAAGCCAAUGUAAAGAUUCCGAAAAUUUUGAUAUAGAUGUUAUAGCUUUCUUUCAAACAUCUUGUAUUAAAAACCCAGACCCAGUCGAUAAAAAUUUCUGGAAAUAUGAAAUUACAAAAUAUUUAUCUGAAGGCAGAGCUGGCUAA